AUGGCAACUACGGAGAGUAAGGAUGAGAAAAACACAAAUGGGUUAGGAUUAGGGGUGGAUUCAUCAGCAGAGCAUCAUGAAAGAUGUCCUGUUGAAGAAGUGGCUUUAGUUGUGCCUGAAACUGAUGAUCCAACACUUCCUGUCAUGACUUUUCGUGCAUGGUUUCUGGGUUUAACUUCAUGCACGAUACUUAUCUUUUUGAACACUUUUUUCACUUACCGUACUCAGCCACUCACCAUCUCUGCCAUUCUUAUGCAAAUUGCUGUGUUGCCUAUUGGCAGGUUUAUGGCUAAGACUUUGCCUACUAAAGAUUAUAGUAUUUUGGGGUGGAGUUUUAGUCUGAAUCCAGGGCCUUUCAAUAUGAAAGAACAUGUGAUUAUUACUAUUUUUGCUAAUUGUGGUGUGUCUACUGGUGGUGGUGAUGCUUACUCCAUUGGCGCCAUUACUGUUAUGAAGGCUUAUUACAAGCAAAGCCUGAGUUUUCUUUGUGGGCUCCUCAUAGUCUUGACUACACAGGUAAAGAACAUUACUUUAUGGGAUUUUUUUUUUCUUGGGUGGACUCAAGAGGUACUGGGAUAUGGAUGGGCUGGGAUGCUUAGGAGAUACUUGGUUGAUCCUGUUGAGAUGUGGUGGCCUUCAAACCUUGCUCAGGUUUCUCUGUUCAGAGCACUGCAUGAAAAGGAUCCGAAAAGUAAAGGCCUGACUAGGAUGCAAUUCUUCCUCAUUGCCUUUACAGCAAGCUUUCUCUAUUAUGCAGUCCCUGGUUACUUGUUCCCAAUCUUGACAUUUUUCUCAUGGGUCUGCUGGGCAUGGCCUCGCAGCAUCACAGCUCAACAAGUAGGGUCAGGUUACCAUGGUCUUGGCGUCGGUGCUUUCACUCUUGAUUGGGCUGGGAUUUCAGCUUACCAUGGCAGCCCCCUUGUAGCUCCCUGGUCUUCCAUUGUCAAUGUUGGGAUUGGCUUUAUCAUGUUCAUCUACAUAAUACUCCCUGUUUGUUAUUGGAAGUAUAACACUUUUGAUGCUCGGAAGUUCCCCAUAUUUUCUAAUCAGCUCUUCACUUCUAGUGGGCAAAAAUAUGACACUACAAAGAUCUUGACCCCUGAUUUUCAACUUAACAUUCCUGCUUAUGAUAGUUAUAGCAAGCUCUAUCUUAGCCCGCUAUUUGCCAUGUCAAUUGGAUCAGGAUUUGCAAGGUUCACAGCAACCCUCACCCAUGUCGCGCUGUUUAACGGAAGGGAUAUUUGGAAGCAAAGUAGAAGAGUAAUGCAGAAUGCGAAAUUGGAUGUUCAUGCAAAAUUGAUGAAAGCUUACAAAGAUGUGCCUGAGUGGUGGUUCUAUAUUCUCUUGGUGGGAAGUGUUGUCCUCUCGUUGAUGAUGUCUUUCAUUUGGAAAGAAACUGUGCAGCUGCCAUGGUGGGGUAUGCUCUUUGCCUUUGCCCUGGCUUGGCUUGUUACUCUUCCUAUUGGUGUUAUUCAAGCAACUACCAAUCAGCAACCUGGCUAUGACAUAAUAGCACAGUUCAUGAUUGGAUAUGUUCUGCCAGGAAAACCAAUUGCAAAUCUGCUUUUUAAGAUUUAUGGACGAAUCAGCACGGUUCAUGCUCUUUCUUUCUUAUCCGACCUUAAACUUGGACACUACAUGAAAAUCCCACCACGGUGCAUGUAUGUAGCUCAGCUAGUGGGAACUUUAGUUGCUGGUACAGUCAAUCUUGCAGUUGCAUGGUGGAUGCUGGAGAACAUCGAAAAUAUUUGUGAUGUUGAUUCACUUGAUAGUGAUAGUCCUUGGACCUGUCCUAAGUACCGAGUCACUUUUGAUGCUUCUGUAAUCUGGGGCCUCAUUGGACCAAAAAGGCUCUUUGGACCGGGUGGCCUCUACAGGAACUUGGUAUGGCUGUUCCUCAUUGGAGCUUUCUUGCCAGUGCCUUUUUGGAUACUGAGCAAAAUGUUCCCUGAAAAGAAAUGGAUUGCGUUGAUAAAUAUACCAGUUAUAUCUUACGGUUUCGCCGGAAUGCCACCUGCAACUCCUACCAACAUUGCAAGCUGGCUUGUCACUGGAACUAUCUUCAACUACUUUGUCUUCCGUUAUCGCAAGCGCUGGUGGCAGAAGUAUAAUUACGUUCUGUCUGCAGCAUUGGACGCUGGGACAGCUUUCAUGGGUGUUUUAUUGUUUCUUGCUUUGCAGAACAAUGGCAUAGAAUUGAAAUGGUGGGGUACAGAACUUGAUCACUGCCCUUUGGCUACAUGUCCAACUGCACCGGGGAUUGUGGUUAAAGGAUGUCCAGUCUUUUAA